AUGGAUAUCUUAUCUGCCAUUGCCUCGGGGCAAGUCGAUAUCUAUGAGUUUCUCGGGGUCUCCAGCGAUGCCACAGGGUCUGAGAUACGUUCACAGUACCGUAGAAAGGCCCUAGAGUUCCAUCCGGACAAAGACCCAUCGCCACAGGCCGCAGAGAAAUUUCACACCCUUUCUCACAUUUAUGAAAUUUUGAAUAACAACACUUUACGGCUGGAAUACGACAGGAUACGAAGAGCGCGGCUAACCAAGGAAAGAAACACAAACGAAGCUUCGGAACAAAUAAAAGCUUUCCGUGAAAAACUUGCAUUCGCUGAAGAACAGCACCGAAAACCGCAUCUGUCUACCCCACAAAAUACUGAAAAAUUACGUGAAGAGGGUUUGAAAAAAAGACAAGAACUUGAAAAAAGAGUACGAAAGAGUGCUCCGGGCUAUGUAUCCUCGAGCCAGCUCGAUGGACCGAGAGUAUCAAUUUGGGAUGAGAAACUGGUGGCUGAACCUUGCAUAGUUUCAUGGAAAAGAAAACCAGAACUCGAUGGACUUUUCACUUCAGAGGUUGUAGCUGAAAUUAUGUCAAUUUUUGGUCCUGUUACUUCGGUGCUGAUGGUACCUCGAGACCCAAACGAGCGGUACGAUAAAGCACAGGUAAUAUUUGAAAAUAGUGUAUCUGCUAUUAGCGCAGUUAAUCACGACUACAAGAAAAGUGCUUCCAAAUGGGACGGAACCAAAGUCAGAAAAUUAGCCAGUCUUCUACGGGGAUGCCAAUUGACUACAAGCAACUCUACACUACGUGAGGGACCGUUGAAACCAGCAAUAGUGUCUUUUUUAAGCCAAGAUGUCCAGUUCGUAUCUGGCACCCACAAGUAG